AUGGACCCCAGUAUAGCGGCAGAUAGCAGUAGCAGCAGCAUUUCCCCACCAACACAAUCACUCAACCUCCCUCUUCCUGUCCCCCGCAGGAGUCGUGGGGGUUCGAACGCGACACUAGUCGGCAGCCCCAGCACACCGCGCAGCAUCUCCCAGCUUCUCAAGGAAGAACCCAGUGCUGGCCCGCCAGCAAAGGUCCAGGACUGCUGGGAUGAGCUUGGCUCAGAGGCAGACGAGUACGCCAACAUAUGGCAGAUAUAUAAUGAGGAAGCGGGGAAGAAGGACGCGACGACGACGGAGGGAUCAAACAGGGGAAUCGAUGGUCUUUUGGUGUUUACAGGUUUGUUCUCCGCGGUGCUGACGACGUUCAUCAUCCAAUCCUACCAGCAAAUGAUACCCAACCCCUCCGACGCGACCAACGCCCUCCUCAUAGAGCUGAUCGCGCUGCAGCGAGACGCGGCCAACUUAACCGCUUUGCCCAACCCCAACACUACGGUUAGCAAAGCCAUGGACCCCUCGCCCUCAGAAACCCAGAUCCACGGUGUCAAUGGCCUGUGGUUCGCUGCUCUGGCGUGCAGCCUCUCCGCCGCCCUCAUAUCCAUGCUCGCAAAGCAGUGGAUCCAAUACACGCCCCAUAUCUCGGGUUCGCCGAGGUAUCGGGCUCGACAGCGCCAGCGGAGGUACAUGCAGCUGAAGAAGUGGCACGUCUUCGCAGUCAUCAAUGCUCUUCCACUACUGCUCCACGCUGCCCUCUUGCUCUUCUUCGCUGGAUUGCUGGUGUUGCUUUGGUCGGGCGACAUUGCGAUUACUGCAGCGACGUUCGUUAUCGUUGCUGUCGCCUAUAUCUUCUACGUCGGCUCGAUGUGGAUGUCUUUCGUCGACCCAGAUUGCCCGUACCAACACCCCAUUACUGAGCAUCUUCGUUCUUGGGUGGCUCGGCACACUCGCUGUGGUGCCCCGUCUUCGGAAAUUGAGCUGGAAAGCAACAUUGGUGAUAAGUUGAUACCGCUGCACCGGAUUCCAAUGCACACAUCGCAACCGAACCAAGAAGAUUAUCUCGACGCAUACGCCCUCGUUUGGCUCCUCCAGGAAUGUAAUCACGAAGACAUCGUCACCAGCACCCUGCAAGCAAUAGGCGGACUGCCUAUCAACUUCACUGCCUUCCAUGUCCUCCGCGACGCAGGUGUCAUCCCUUUGGUCCUACAACAAUUCAACUCCUGCUUCCAUCGAGACUCCUCUUCCUUCGACCAUCGGUGGCACAUCACCAAAGCAGGAGACGCAGAGAAGUACUGCCGUGCAUGGGUCAGGCUCACGCACAAUACGGUAGAACGUUGGCCGCGAAAGCUCCUCGCCCCCCUCAACGCCCUGAAGGACAUGCCAGGAAACCUUCACGUGUCGAGUGUCGCCGCAUGUGCCAGUGCGUUGGAUUCGUUAGACCUGCGAGGACCGCAGCUCGCAUUGGUCACCCAGCUCCGACAGACCGCCGAGUGCGAGUCCAACGCGACGGAGCUGACGCAGCUAUGGCUGUUGGAGACCUUCCUUGAAGCGUCAAUGAGUUGGGAGCUGGAAGCGGUUAUUGUAGAUGACAUAACCAGACGAGCCAUCCCAGUCCUCCUUCGGCUCCUCCAACAAGCCGCAGAUAUGCAGAGGGCAGAGGUGCAGAGCACGAUCGCCUUGGUCAUGUAUUCGCUAACUGGAGGUAGCGUCGACUACAUGAGAUUGGUUCUCAGCGAGCCGGAUACUCGACGAGAAACAUUCCACAAGUCGAUUAUUUGGGGGUUGGGCAUCAUCGUGAAGAACCCUCAUCGAUACGGGGUCGUCGAUGAUGAUCUCUUUAGGUUUGCAGCAAUGGAAUUUGCGACGAUUGCGGCACCAGCCGUCAACCAAAUCAACGGACUGCCGGCAGCGUUUAAAAACAUAGCCCGCCAAGGCUUGUCCAAAUUGUACCUUGAAGGGAACAUCGGAGCUGGGUUGAUAUCCGAUUCUGUCCUCGCUGAUAUUCUCCAAAUCCUCCAUCCGAUCCUCAACAUCCCUCCAAUUCAAUACCCUUCCUUUGUCAAGACACUCCUUCGGACGUUAGCGGGUUCGUCAGACGUUAACGUCGCCUUAUAUGCCAUCCGACUGCUAGAAUCUUUGUUGGGCGACUGCCACCCGACUGUGGUGCUUGCAUUCAUAGAAGAGAACGGAGUCGCGGCCUUGCUUCGCGUAGCGUGCACCGGCGAUACUGACAAUAGGCGGCUCCAAAUCGAUUGCAUACGGAUGCUAUGCAUCUUCGUCCAGAGCAGCAACGAUUGCUCGUUGCAGAUAGAAUUUCCUUCAUUUUCGGAGGCACUGAAGAAACAAUUCGACGACCUCUUCCAGUCCAACUUCUUCCCAACCAUUAUUUCCGUCAUUUCUGCCCGUCGUUGGUGGCUUCCUGAGAUUGCCGAAAUUUGGGUGCCUUCGAUUUUGUACCUUUGCGAGGCGAGACCACAUGAGAGCGUCUGGCCGGGCGUGGAAGCUGUCUUGAGGAAGUUCGCCGAAUUAAACGUCGGAGAAGAUGGCUCGCACAGACUUGUCGACAACCUGGAUAGAAUGGCCGCCAUACUACGGCCAGGUGUAUAA